UCCCAGUCGUUGUCCUUGUAGGUGUUCCUGUCAGGAGUACAGCACACCAACACCAAGUUUCACAGCAAAAUAGGUUUAUGAUUUGUUGAUUUGAGCCCUUGUUUGACCUUCGUGCCAAAAUUUAUAAGGUCAACAUGGCCCGGCGGGAGCUUUCCAGCACUUUAAAGAACUUGAAGUUUAUGCAAAGGGUGACUCAUAGGGAGGAGAAAAUUAAGAAAGAAGAGGAGGUCAAGCCUGAUGGGAACUUCAUAUUUCCUGGAACCGUUAAAAGAAAAUGUGUGGUUAUAAUGGAGGGGGAUCCACAUCCAGGAGCUAUUGUAGGCCGGAUGUCAUUUCAAAGUUUUAAUCCUUCUAUUGAUAAACUGAAUGAAGCAGCAAGCAAUGUUCAACAACCAGAAGCAUCUGCCUCAUAUUCUGGCAAUCAAACUGUAAGAAAUUCUGAAAGAGAAAAUGGAUCUUCACAAGAUGGAGCAGAGUGUUUGAAAGUUAGACUGCCUGGUGAGGGAAAUAUAGACCUUAAAAGAAAACAGUCUGAAGUAGAGUCUGAACAACAAUAUUCAAAUAAAUCACCAAAAACUAUUGAAGCUGGGAAUCAAUCACCACCAAGUAAACAUAAAGGCUCCUAUAAGCAGGCAAAGCGGGACAAGGUUGACUGGAGUGUUCUUAGACCACCAAAGUUCCCAAGCAAAAAGAGUGAGCAUAAUCAGUAGAUUUUAGUCAACAUUUUUUUUUUUAUUUAUUUCAGGUGAAAGUUGAAACUGUAAGCUUGUGAUCUUCUGAAUUUUCAAUUUUGUUCAUUAGCCACUUGAUUUUAUUGCUUAACAGUAAGAGGUAACCUCUCUCACACUCUCAUGUCCGACGACAUGUACUGAAACUUAAAAGAACCAAAAUAAUUCAGAACUAUUAAAAUUUGCAUUC